CCCUUCCCAUCUUUCCAGUAAAAUUGCAGUGCGGAGCUGUGGUGAACGAGUAUAUGUAAUGUAUCCCGUGAAAUAGAAGUUGGUUGCAGCAGUAAUUUUUCUCUCUCACACAGUCACACAGUAAGAGCGAAACGAAGCAUAUAAGGAUGGCGGAGCAACAAGAACAAGAAGAUUACAUGGGAGACCUCUCUCAGUUUUUACCUCCACCAGAAGCCUCCCAUCUUCCUCUCAAAUCUUCCUCUAAAUCGGUUUCUAAUGCCAGGGCAGUGGUUUCGAGCUCAUUGAAUAAGAAAUCUAAGAAUUUAAAUUGGCAAGAAAGGAAAAAACUCAAGAGAGAGCAGAAGCAAAUUGAAGAAGACCAACAAACAAUGGCUAACGUAGAAAAAGCUAUUCCACAAUCCAACAUUGGGUUUAAAAUGUUGAAACAAAUGGGAUACAAUCCUGGUUCAGCUUUAGGCAAGGAAUGUUCUGGUCGGGCUGAGCCUGUCAGGCUGGAGAUUAGGAGGGGUAGAGCAGGGAUCGGGAAAGAGGAUCCCAAGGUGGAGCAGAUGAGGAGGGAGAAAGAGAAGGUUGAGAGGGAAAGGAUCAAAGAAGAGGAGUUGAUGGUGGAUUUCGGGCAUCGACAAAAGGAGCGUUGGAAGGGAAGAAGAAUCAUUGUGAAUUUUCGGAAGGCGGAAGCGGCUUUGGCCCAGUUGGAGAAUAGGGAAGUUGAAGAGGUUGAGAAGAAGGAAGAUGAGAGUGGAGAGAAGGAAGAAGAGGAGGAAGAAGAAAUAACGGAGGAGGAUCUACUUGCUAUAUUGAUGAAACUGAGAGAUGAGCAUUACUAUUGUCUGUUCUGUGGCUGUCAGUAUGAGUCAAAGGAGACGCUCUUGUCCUGUUGCCCUGGUGUAGACGAAGAUGACCACUAGAGUGAUAAAGAUAAAUACGCAAUUGACAAGUACUCUUAUCCUUUUCUGGAGCAUCCUAACAUCUUCUUUGCUUAUGGUUCACUUCUUCAACUUCUCCAGUACGAGUCAAGGGAGCGACUCUUGUCCAGUUGCCUUGGUGUAGAUGAAGAUGAUCACUAGAGUGAGAACCCUUGAUACAGAAUUUGACGUGGGGAUUGUGAGAUCAGGAGCAGAUCUUACAGAUGAGCAAAUACUGCAUAGGGACUUGGGCAAGUGUCAGAUAACUUUGAUUGAAGGUACUGGCCUUUGAAAAUCUCACAUGUCCAAGCUGGUAAGAAGCAAAGUGACAAGUUGGAGGAUGACUUUUUUAAACUGGCCAAAUUAAUGUAAAAGCUGGUGUGUUGCCCAUGUUCAAGUUGGCCAACGUAUUUUGAGAAGACACAAAAGCAUGUAGCUUUGAGUUAUGUAUCUUGAUCAGAACCUCUAAACGUUUUCAAUAUGCCAAGAUACUGUUAAGACAGCCAGGCUGCUUACUGGCUAAGGUGUUUUGUGGAACGUUGGCAUCUCAAUAACUUGCACAAUUUGGAGUUGUUCAUUUCCCAGAAAAAAAUGAAAUUAUAAGUGCACAAUCCUUUCUGUUUUUGCUA